AUGGGGAAUGAGGUUGUGUUGUUGGAUUUCGAUCUGAGUAUGUUCUGCAUAAGAGUGAAGAUUGCACUUGCAGAGAAAGGGGUUGAGUUCGAAGACAAGGAAGAGGAUCUGGUGAACACCAAGAGUGCAUUGCUUCUGCAGAUGAACCCUGUUUACAAGAAAGUUCCUGUCCUUAUCCACAAUGGCAAACCAAUCUCUGAAUCCCUCAUUAUUGUCGAGUAUAUUGAUGAAAUUUGGAGGGAUAAAGCUCCACUUUUGCCCUCUGAUCCCUACCAGAGAGCUCAAGCCAGGCUCUGGGCUGAUUUUGUUGACAAUAAGGUGCAUGAAGUUUCAAAGAGGAUAUGGACUGGGAGGGUAGGUGAACAUGAGGCAGAAAAGAGGGAGUUGGUAGAGAAUUUGAAGCAAUUGGAGGAGGCUCUUGGGGACAAGCCAUAUUUUGGGGGUGACACGUUUGGGUUUGUUGAUGUUGCUUUGAUUCCCUUUUACAGAUGGUUUUCUACUUAUGAGAAAAUUGGCAACUUUAAGCUGGGCUGCCAAAAACUCAUUGCUUGGGCAAACAGAUGUUUGGAGAAAGAAAGUGUGUCCAAAUAUCUUUCUGAUGAAAAGGAUGUCUAUGAGUUUGUUGUGAGCUACAGGAAAAAAAUUGGGGUGGACUGA